AUGAGGGUGAUAAACAUAACCACAGUGAGUGGCUUCCUCCUCCUGGGGUUCUCUGAUACCCGGGAGCUGCAGAUCCUACACACUUUUCUCUUCUUGGUGAUGCAACUGUUGGGCUUGGCAGGUAACUUCAUCAUCAUCACCAUCACAAUGCUGGACCCACAGCUCCAAUCUCCAAUGUAUUACUUCCUGAAGCACCUGUCCCUUCUCGACCUCUCCUCCCUGUCUGUUACUGUCCCCCAGUCUAUCCACAAUUCCCUGACUGGCAGUGGAUAUAUUUCCUAUGCUCAAUGUGUACUUCAGGUUUUCUUCUUCACAUCUUUGGCCUGGGGUGAUGUGGCCAUUCUCACAGUGAUGUCCUAUGACCGCUAUGUGGCCAUCUGCCUCCCACUGCACUAUGAGGUCAUCAUGAGUCCCAGAAUAUGCAGGUGGGCUGUGUCAGCUAUGUGGAUAAGUGGAGGCAUCUCAGGAACCUUGUACACAGCAACCACAUUCUCAAUUAGAUUCUGCAGAGACAAAAUCAUCCACCAGUUCUUCUGUGAUGUCCCCCAAUUGCUCAAGCUCUCCUGCUCCAACGAUUACUUUGUGGUAAUGGGGGUGUCUGCUUUUAUUGCUGUCAUGGCAUUUGCCUGUUUCAUAACCAUCACCCUCUCCUAUGUCCAGAUAUUCUCCACAGUCCUCAGAAUGCCCUCUGCUGAAAGUCGGUCUAAGGUCUUCUCCACCUGUCUUCCCCACCUAUUGGUUGUAUCAUGCUUUUACUUCACCGCAACCUGUGCAUAUCUAAAGCCAACCUCAGAUUCUCCAACUACUUUUGACCUCAUGCUCUCCCUGUUUUACACAGUACUUCCUCCAGUACUCAACCCUGUUAUCUACAGUCUGAGGAAUGAGGUUGUGAAAAGGGCUGUAAGGAAGUUACUUCCAGGUGGAGAAUUCAAUGUGAAAAAAUCAUUUUUGUUCUGUUGUUAG